AUGGCUUCCGCAGACGUUCUCCUUCCCCCACCAUCAGAUUUUGGUGGUGCUGUCAGCAGAAAGCGAACCAAUUCAGCAGCAUCAAGAUCUUCCUUCAGCAUGGCUCCCGCCGUCCCAAGACAGGUUGUUUUUGACCCAGCAAAGCAUCUCAACUUCAAGCAUCCUGAACGGGUCUGGACCAUGGAAGAGAUCGGUAUGGCCAAAAAGGGUGUUUCUCCAAUUGCUGUGUCAGAGCCAUUCCCUCUCUUCACUGAAGAAGCAGUCCAGCAGAUGAGAGCGGAAGUUUUGAGCAAACCGGUCCUUGAGAACUGCAAGUACUCCAGUAACUUGGCCCAGUCUCAGUUGAGAGGUUUCGCCCCCGAAUACGCUCCUUUUGUGUACGACGUCUGGCACAGCCCAGAGAUACUCUCCAUCGUGUCCAAGAUUGCAGGAGUCGAGCUUGUCCCGGCGCUUGAUUUUGAGAUUGCGCAUAUCAACCUCUCCACCGUUUCUGAGGAGCAGAAAGAGGCUGUCAAGCAGGCUUUGCAAGAAAAGGUGCAGCGUGAGGCGGAUGAAGGUGUCUCCGGAUGUCCUUACGAGGAUGACGCGCCCAUUGUCGAUUGGCACACUGACAGCUACCCGUUCGUUUGUGUCACCAUGCUUAGCGACUGUACCAACAUGAUCGGCGGUGAGACGGCUUUGCGCAAGGGUGAUGGUGAGAUCAUGAAAGUCCGAGGACCAGGCAUGGGUCACGCCGUGAUCCUUCAGGGACGCUACAUUGAACAUCAAGCGCUCCGAGCUCUCGGUACAUCGGAACGCAUCACCAUGGUGACCUCGUUCAGACCCAAGUCUCCAUUUACCAAGGACGACACUGUUCUCACUACUGUCCGCGCCAUCUCUGACCUUUCCGAGCUUUACUCUCAGUAUGCUGAAUAUCGCCUGGAGAUGUUGGAGGAACGCGUCCGAGCGCAUCUCAAACAAGUUCGAGAGCAGAAAAAAGCCCGUCGAGGAUUCAAUACUGCGGCGACGAAGAUGUUCAUUGCUGAGCAGAAGGCAUUUCUCGAUUCGAUGCUCGCUCAAAUGGUCGACGAAGACAAGGUGACCAUCGGCUUCACCGACGGCGAGGCGCACCUCAUCAGUGACGAGUUGAAGGCACAGUCGCGCAAAAAGAUACGUUUUCAACCAGACAGUGCUAUUGACGUAGCAUAG